AUGGCAUCAGAAAAUCUGAUUGGUGUAAAUAAACCUCCAAUGACCCCACAGUUCAGAAGACCAGGAACAAUAUAUAAUGAUAAUUUGGUAACAAUGGAGGAAAUAUUUCCACAGUUAACCAAGAUCUGGAAAGCUGAAAAACUUGAUAUAGGUCUUCCAUUCUCUAGGAUGCAGUCAGGAGUAUUGGUGUUCACUAAAAACCAGAAAUCUUACGAAAGAUUAAAACAGAUUCAACAAACAGCCAAAGUUUUAAAACAUACUUUAAUGUCACACAUUAUAGUAACAGUAGGGUUACCAAAGAUAAACAAACCAUUAGAAGAGACAGUCAUUGUUCAGAAAUCUCAAGUUAAAAAAUAUGGAAAAGUUAUUCAAGAGACAAAUAUUAUACCAUAUCAAUCUACAGCAGGUAAAAGAAGUGGAACACAGGUACAAGUUCACUAUAAAAGUCAGUUGCUAGCAGCUAAUGAUAAAUUAGGGGUUGCUGCACUACAGGUUCAAUGUAACAGAAAUAGUUGGCAUAGUUUAGAAGAAUAUUUACGUUGGAAGAGAUGUCUAGUAUUAGGAGAUGUAUAUAAUAUGACUAGGAUGAAAACCGUUUUAGGAGAGACGAUUCCUGUAGACAGUAAUACAGUGGAAGAUACGGGGAAAUUUGAGCCAAUAUUCAAAACUUUAGGAAUAACAAAAGAAACAUCAGAAAUAAUGCCAGAACACAUCCAUCGACAUGAGAUCCAUCUCCUACAGUUUCCACACAAAACUGCUAAACCUAUCACCAUCUCAGCUCCAUUGCUUCCUUACUUUCUGACAACCUUGAAAAAAUUAGACUUAUAUGAUGAACAUGUUCCUUAA